ACUGUUCACCUGAACCUGCGCCCUGGAGCUACUCAGACGCUGCUGACAGCAAGUGCCGCUGACAGGGUCACUUCUAAACGCCGCCCUGACGGAGGAGGUUCGGUUGACGGGGAACUUCAGAAGGCUGCUUCACUGCCUCACUACAUGUCAUAGGCUCUAUAAAUAUGGGAUCUUCCCCCUGUGGAUCACACACUUGACCAAUUGCGCUGCGCAAGUGUCUGAUGGCUCAUUUGAAUUCAGCGAUCCUCUGUGGGUAGAUGAGGUACAGUAUAAUAGGUAGUUGAAGUGAAGGGUCUGUGCGAGAGAGUGUGCGUGUGAAUGUGCACUCCUAGAAUAGAAAUCCAAAGGAAGAAGAAGAAGAAGAAGGAGAAGGAGAAGAAGGAGAGAGGCGGGAUCGGUGUGUGCCUUGCUGAAAUCCAGGGUGAAGCAGAUAGAUAGUCUGGAGCAGAUCGAUCAGCACUUCGCGCUCCCUUUGUGGAAUUGAUGGAUGUUUGAUCAGUGGAUGGGAUGCCCAUAUAUAUCAUCGACCGAAAAUUUCCCGACACAUCUGGUGAGUUGAUACAGUCGGCAGCUGAAGGAGGAGAUCUGAGAAUGACAGAGACUAACCCCCCCAAGUCGGCUAAAAAGCCCCGCUGGACCUCUCUGGAGAUCGGCCUAAUUACCAUCGUGUCCUUGCUCUUCAUCGUCAUUGUCGCCCUCAUCAUCCUUUUCGCCACGCAGAAAACCGAUGAAAUCUGCACCACAGCUGACUGCACGCAGUCAGCGUCUCGCCUCAUUGAAAACAUGGAUGCUAGCGUGGACCCUUGUGACAACUUUUACCAGUAUGCCUGUGGAGGCUGGCUGAAAAAGAACAUCAUUCCUGAGACCAGUUCAAGAUACAGCACCUUUGACAUCUUACGGGAUGAACUGGAGGUCAUCCUUAAAGGUGUCCUUGAAAAAACAGAGGAGGGGGAAGCCGCUGCGCUCACCAAGGCCAAGACCCUUUACAAGUCCUGUACUAAUGAGAGUUUAAUUGAGCUCAGAGGAGGCACCCCUUUGCUUGAAACGCUGCCAUACGUCUUGGAGUGGCCCAUGGCUGUGGAUAACUGGGAAGCUAACUAUGGCAAAAAGUGGAGGUUGGAGGAUAUCAUUGCCAAGCUGAACGAGAAAUUUGGAUCUCAACUAUUGGUUAACUUUUACGUUGGCACGGACGACAGGGACUCCAAUUCACACAUCAUUCAUUUUGACCAGCAGGCAAGCCUUGGCCUUUUGUCCAGAGAUUACUACGCUUGCACAGGACCUUACACAGAGGCAUGUCGGGCCUACGAGCAAUACAUGAUUGACCUGGCAAAGCUGAUCCGCACUGACCGUGGGCUGGACAUCAACGAAACCAGGAUCAGAGAGGAGGUUACACGUGUCAUGGACUUUGAGAGAGACAUCGCCAAUGCUACUGAUACUCCAGAGGACCGUAACAACCCAGUGUUGCUUUACAACAAGAUGGAGCUGGGUGAUUUGAACUCCAACUUCACCCUUGAGGUUGCAUCACAGGUAUUUAACUGGAGUUACUUCACAGCGAAGAUAAUGGAUACAGUCAACAUCAGCAUUCCUGACACAGAAAAGGUCAUAAACUACUCCCCCAACUAUUACCGAAGACUCAACCUCAUCUUGGCCAAAUACACAAAGAGGGACCUGCAGAACUACAUGGUGGGCCGUUUUGCUAUGAACAGCGUGAUGAGCCUGAGCAGAGCUUACAGGGAUACCAGGAAAGCCUUUCGCAAGGCCAUGUCCGGCACGACAUCGGAGGCAGCAGUGUGGCGACAGUGUGCACUUUAUGUUAACAACAACUUGGAGAACGCUGUGGGACGACUGUACGUGCAGGAGGCGUUUUCUGAGAAGAGCAAAGAACUGAUGGAGGAGAUGAUUAAAGACAUUCGGGAGGUGUUCAUUAGUAACCUGGAUGAUCUGACCUGGAUGGAUGCAGAAACCAAGAAAGCAGCCGAGGAGAAGGCUAGAGCUAUUCGGGAAAGAAUUGGCUAUUCGUACGACAUUAUGGAUGACAAAUACCUUAACAAUGAGUACAAAGACCUGGACUACAGUGCAGAGGAGUACUUUGAAAACAGCUUACUGAACCUGGAGUAUGUGCAGAAGAAACGCCUGCGGAAGCUCAGAAUCAAAGUCAACAAAGAUGAGUGGGUAACUGGAGCUGCUGUGGUCAACGCCUUCUACUCAUCCAGCAAAAACCAAAUAGUGUUCCCUGCAGGCAUCCUUCAGCCGCCUUUCUUCAGCAAAGGCCAGCCUAAAUCCCUCAGCUAUGGUGGCAUCGGCAUGGUAAUCGGUCAUGAGAUCACACAUGGCUUUGAUGACAAUGGUCGUAACUAUGAUAAAGAUGGUGACCUAAAGAACUGGUGGACCCCUGAAUCCACCCAGAGGUUCCUCGAUCUGUCGAAGUGCAUCGUCAAUCAGUACAGCAAUUUCUCCUGGGACCUGGCCAAUGGACUUCAUUUAAAUGGUAACGACACCCUCGGGGAGAACAUUGCUGACAAUGGAGGGAUACGGCAGGCAUAUCAGGCCUAUAAAAACUAUGUGAUGGAUCAUGGGGAGGAACCACCACUGCCAGGCAUUGACCUUUCCCAUGAUCAACUCUUCUUCCUAAACUUUGCUCAGGUGUGGUGUGGAACACAUCGACCAGAGCAAGCUGUGAAUUCCAUUAAAGUAGAUGUACACAGUCCAGGGAAAUUCAGGGUACUUGGUUCCCUUCAGAAUUUCCCAGAGUUUGCCAAAACAUUCAGCUGCAACAAGAGCAGCUACAUGGUCCCUGACAACAUCUGCCGUGUAUGGUGAUCCUUGGACUCCUGGGAUAGGCACUGUUGCAACAUGGAUCAUCCCUGUCCCACCUGCAGUGCCUCCCCUCUCAGACUGUUGAAACACUUGAGCGGGGGGACGGCCACUUGGAAGUGGAAAACCCUCUAAGCUCUUUAAUGGAUGGACCAGGGCUGGUGGACUGACGCUGCAGUAUGCACAAUCCUCUGAGAAAAGCAGUGGACUAUACCCUCGCAGGCAGACAGAGCACUGUCUGCCUGACUCUGAUACUGUAGUUCUUUCAAUCAGCCUAAUUAUUCCGCUACUCACUGGAUACAAUCACUCCCUAUGUUUUUUCUUUCUCCUCAUUUUGACCCUGGUUUGUUUUUCAUUUAAUCUGCCAAUAUGUAUGUGAGUGUGUUUCAGACAUAAAACUGUACAAGUAGUGGGGAGAAGAGGUGCAGACAGACAAAUGUGCUGAAACCCACUGGCAUAUGAAUACUCUUCACGCCCACUCAUACUUAUACACGUGUAACAGGGCUGAACCACUGUUCUGUAUGUGGGACUGAGCUGAAUACCUCUCAUAAACCUCAGCUGGUGUCAACCUACAUCCUCAUGCUGAUUCACUCAACAAUGUACCCAUAAUGUACUCUUUGUUUAUAUAUAGAACUAGAAUAGGUAAAUUAUUAUGGAAAAUCAGAAUUUAUUUUGUUCAAUAGACCAGUAAAUAUUGAACCAUAAUCACAUAUUACACAAUACUAAUCCUAAUGACUCAACUGCAGUUGACAGGCGGCUGCUGUUCAUUAGCAGUCUGUCAUAAUAAACCAAAAUGAAGUUUUCGCCUUUAAGAUGACAGCUGGUCGUGAAUCAUUGAGCUGACAAUCGACAAAUACCAGACCUUUUUUUUAUACAUUCACUAGGCCUCCUGUGUGUGUGUCUGUGUGUCUGUAUGUCUCUAUUUGUUUUGUCAUCAUAAUCAUUGCCUACAGUUUGCCAAGCAAGCUGGUAUGCCUUACAUGAUCUGCUGUGCUUCUGUGUGUGAGAGUGUGUACAUGUAUUAGCCAGAGGGGAUUAACGGGAUAAAUCAACGUAACAUUAAAGGAAUAUUUCAAAAAUUUUACAGAUACUUAAAUUGUCUUUCUUGAGAAAAGGUAGAUGAAAAUGCUGAAGCCAGCAGCCUUUUAGCAUAGCUUAGCAUAAACACUGUAAACAGCUAGCAUAGCACUCUGCAGAAGUAGGAAAAAUCCCUACCAUUAUCUUAAGUGCUCAUUUAAAAAAAGGCCACUGCUCGUUUGUGUAAUGUUUUGUACAUUGCAUUGACCAAAGAGCUGUCAAUAUCCAACAUAACAUAUUUAAUUGAGGCUAAUCUCUGCAUACAGAUUAUACACAUGAAUAUAGAAUUUUCAGCAUCUGAUGUAUUUUAUUUUUUUUGGUUAUAGCAUGUUUGUAGAAUGAUACAUUUCAGUUUGAGUGGAUUUUGGAGACCCUUCUGGACACAUAAUGAGGUAAACUGUCCAAUUUAGAACAUUGAAAAUCAUAUUUGGUAAUUUAUAGGAAUCUAUAUCUGGUCAAGGUUGAUACAACUCAUCUACAAAAUGAAAUACUACAAAAGAAAGAUAGGUAACCUGAUACUGGAAAACAAAAAAAGAAAAAAGGAUUUCCAAAUAUGGAUAUUUUGAUUGAACUUUUGAACAGCAGGGUCCAGGAGUAAAUAUCCUUCCACGUCCUAUGAGUUAUUCAAACUAAGUGUAACAUAUUCAUUUGUAUGCUUUUAUUGUGCUUGUCGGCAGAAUUUAUUCAACCUUUUGACAGAACUUGGGUAGCUGUUUCCAAUUAAUUUUUGCUAAGCUAGCUAAGCUAAGGUAACCAACUCUGGCUAUUGCUUAAUAAGAAACAGAGCGAGGUAUAAAUAGUUCCAACUUAUUUUUGGUAAGAAAGUCAAAUUAUGUAUUAACAAAAUGAUGAAGUAUUCCUUUAAGAAAGAUUUAAAUAUUUUUUAGUCUGAUCUUGGUCUAAGUUUAAUUUUUUUUUUUCAACCCACCACUUUUUUUUUUAAGUUGAACAUGUGUCAAGCAACAGAAAAUGACAUAGUCAAGCUUGUAUAUGUGUACCUCUGUUUUUUAAAAAAGCAGACUAAGGUUUGCUGGAACACUGAACCUUUCAAAAGUUAAUGCAUCUUUGUAAAAGCAGGAGAUUGAAUGAAGUCACUGGGUCCCAGUUUAGGAUUCAUCGUUUUGUAUGGCUUUAUUUUUUCAUGUUGAGGGUUGAGGUUGAUGUAACAGGGGCUGUAACAUCAUCAACUAUUGAAAUCUUUGCCUUUUGCCUUUUUUACAGAGAGCAGUGCAAUGACUGAUCCAUCACAAUGAUCUAGCCUGUAUACAACACCAAUCAUGACCAGCCUUUAUACAUUGCUGUUUCCCCUCCUGUUCUUCUCCUCCAUUGUUUGUCAAAGCUUUCUUUCUCACUCUCUUCCCCCAAGGCUCGUUUGUUUCCACCUGUCACUCUCUCUCCAUCCCUCCACCUGUAGUAAGACAGAUAUACCUCAGUUGCCUGUAUUUAGAUACUUUAUAAUAAUGACGGAUAAUCAUCUUGAGGAGCCUUUUUCUUUCAAAAUAAAUCUUUAAAUAACA